GCCCGGAAGCGCUACACCCGGAAGUCCUUUAGGACUUUAGAAGCCACGCCGCCGGAAUCCUCGAUACUAUGGGCCGUAACAAGAAGAGAAGAGAUAGCGAUGACCGGCGGCCCCGACUCGUCCUCAGCUUCGAUGAAGAGAAACGGCGGGAAUACCUAACUGGCUUCCACAAGCGGAAGGUGGAACGGAAGAAGGCAGCCAUCAAGGAGAUUAAGCAGAGGCUGAAAGAGGAGCAGAAGAAGCUCCGAGAGGAGCGCCACCAGGAAUACUUGAAGAUGCUGGUGGAGAGAGAGGAGGCACUGGAGGAAGCAGAUGAGCUGGACCGGCUGGUGACGGCCAAGACUGAGUCGGUGCAGUAUGACCACCCCAACCACACAGUCACUGUGACCACCGUCAGCGACCUGGACCUCUCAGGGGCCCGGCUGCUUGGACUGCCGCAGCCUGAGCAAGGGGCUGAAGACCAGCCGAAGGAGGAGGCGUCAUCUGUGGAGAAGCCAACCAAAGCCUUACCCAAGAAGUCCAAAGACCCUCUGCUGUCUCAGCGGAUCUCCAACCUCACAGCAUCACUGCACGCACACAACCGCAAAAAGGUGAAGAGGAAACAUCCCUGGCGGACCCAGGACUCCACCAAGAAGCCUCCGAGCGCCACUCGCACCAGCAAGACCCAGCGGCGCCGACUGACGGGCCGGGCACGGCACAGUGGGGAGUGAGCCCCAAGGCCCAGUGGUGUCACAGCGUGGCUGUCCCUGUAACCCCACCACAUGAAGUGACCCCAUGGCCUGAGCCUGGGAAGCUGGGACCUCUCUGUCCUAGACUAUUGGUCAUCCAUGCUCUGGGCCACCUGGGUGUGAACCCCAGACGGGGAAUGUCCUCAGGGAGCCUGUGGAGCCAGCUUGGUGUCUCCCUAGUCAUCCUGCCAGGGACACAGACUGGGGACACAACACGUGUGUGCGGUUUGUGCUUGGCCUUGACACCAUGUACCAUGGGCGGGCUCUGAGUGGUAGAAAUGUCAGGGCUGAGGGGACAGUGAGGGCCUCUUGGAACCCAGUAUCCACUUGCUGCUCUGGAAAGCGGACUG